CACACGGGUUAGUUUUCUUAAAACGCUCAGAGAAUAAAUGUUAGUUGAACACACGAAUAAUUUAGGGGUAAGAAAAUUAAGAGCGACGAGAUGAUCGAUAUUUUGUCGCUGCCGCGCCGGAACAAGGUGUCCGGGAACCCGGCCCUGCUGAAGAUGAUCUCCUACAAGACCGGGCUGCCUAUCAACAGUCUGCCCGGAUGGGAGCUGAUCCCCCUCAACUGCAAGCUGCCUAUGCUGAAGUGUCCCGGGAACCAGGUCAUAUUCUCGAAGAACAAGAUCGGGCAGGAUUUCAAGAGCGGCAAGCAGGAGUUCGAGAGCUCUGUUACCGAGCACAUCCCCGAGUACAAUCCGCUGCACGACUCCAAUCUGAAGACCUUCUACUCCAACGAGCGCAAUCUGAAGCGUUUGCGCGAAAACGGCGAGAUUACGCAGGACAACGAUGUGAUCUGUAACCUGAAGGACUUCAACCAGCACCGCCAGGAGCUGCACAAAUCGCAGCUGUACUAUAUCCUACAGGCGUACAAGCGACGCGAGUCGGAGCAAUACGAUCGGAUGCUGAUCGCCAAUGCCGAGUCCAUCACGAAGAAGGAUCACCAGAACCUGGCAGCUCGGCACCAGUGCACCGAGGAGGUGCUUGCCAGAAAGCAGCUGCAAGAGCAGGAGCGCCACGAGAGGAAGGUCCACCUGCUGAACAUCACGUACGAGAAGUUUAAGCGGUUGGAGAACCUGGCCACCAUGCAGAACAUGCUGCUGGAGCACCGCAAGAUGCUCACGAAUAUGCGAGUGGCCGCCCACAUAAGCAUGUGUCAGGAUCUGAUGCGGAAGCUGCUGAUCAAGCAGAAGAAGCUCUUCCAGUUCAAAAAGGAUCGGUUCAAUAAAAACAUGCGGAUCCUGAGGAAACAGAGGCUGGUGAAGAACACAGAGCACCAGAUUCAGUCGUGGAAAAAGAGGCUGGACGAGCGGAUUGCCAACCAGCGCAGGAUUAACUACCUCUUGCAGGAGGUGGAGAAGGAGCGCGAGGCGUUCAUAGAGCGGCACAAGGCUCUCUACAGGGAGAAGUGGCAGCGUAUUCAGGACGAGAUCAAGGAGAGGGCCCGCAAAGCCGCCGUUGCUCGCCAGCCGAAGAGAAAGCGUCGCAAGAAGAAGUCCGCAAUCCAGGAGCGAAAACCAUCCUUCUGCGAUGAGUACCAGGCCACCUUCGAGGGUUUGCUGGACAGUGAGCUCUGCUACGCCUUGAACGCAGCCAUUGCCAUGGAGGGUCAGACCGCUCUCACCUUCGCCCCAGACGAUCCCAUCUAUAAGGCGGCGCAAUACAUACUCGACUACAUAAUAUCUGGCCUAAACGACGAUCUCAGCGAGGACGAGUGCGCUCUGCAGGUGCUGGUCUCGCGCAUCAAGGACUUUGUCUGCGAUGCCAAGAAAUAUGUGCACUAUAAAGCCUAUCAGAUCAUCGGCUUCGCCAGGGACCACAAGGCCAUGGAGGUGCCGCCGUCGGUGGCCAAGCCGCCAAAGAACCACUCGCGCGCCUCCCACGUCUCCUUCAGCGGCGUGGCCAGCACCAUUGGCGUGGGCAGCUACGAGAUCCAUCCGUUCGUGGACAUUCGUCCGUGCGGCGAGAGACGGGCCACGCCAGCGGGAUCGUUGGCCUCGCUGGUGGUCAGCCAGAUCGGGGAGCAGGUGAUUCAGGACAAGGUCCGUCUGCCGCACCUGAAUCGCAACCAGAUCGUGUUCAUAGAGCACUACCUGGUGAAGUUUAAGCGGGACCUGCUGGUGGGCCUGGACAAGCUGGUCUUUGCCGCCAUUCAGUGCCACUUCGAGAACCGCAUGAUGGAGGUGCGCGAGGAGCUGCUGUUGCUGGACAGGAACUACCUGUUCGACCAGAUUGCCAGGGGCAUCCUCAGCUACGCGGUUAACCCGCUCAACUACCAGUCUGUGCUGAAGCUGGCCGUGAGCGUUCUGUCCUGCGAGAUCAUCUGGGAGCUGCAGCAGACGCUGCUCAGGCCAGGCGUCGAUCCCCGGGGCCAGAAACACCCCGUCUCCUGCGGCACCGAGAUGGAUCGCGAGGCUCUGGCCCUGUGCAUACCCUAGGAUCCUGACACGCAGAUGGGGGAAUGAGCGCGGCCUUCCCAGGUGGGUUUCCUGCUUCUUGCGGAAAACAAUUCGUAUAAAUUGUAUGUGUAAGCUGGGACUUCAGGCACUUACUUCACAGUCCAUGAAAUCCGUUCUAAAUUUAAGUGCCAAGUUUUCUUUCGAUUUGUGGUUUUAAAUGCGUUGUCGGUGUUCAAUAAAGUGGCUUAAUUCUAAAA